ACUAUGCUGUCCUGCCAAGAUUUGAGCUUUGUUGGGGGUCAGCGCUACGACUGCCCUUACUCCGCCUCAGCGUCACCUGACAGCAGUGUUGACGUUUCCACGACAACUCUGGUCCCCCUCUGGGACGCCUGUCCCCUGGACAACGCAGCUUGCCAGCACGAGCCGCCGCGAAAGGAAACGCAGCAUGAAUAUGAUCAUGGAACUGUUCAUAACCCGACCUGGGCAGACCAACUGUCACCUCAGUUGCAAAGGAACAAACAGCUUCAAGACACGUUGAUGCAAAGAGAGGAAGAACUAGCCAGACUACAGGAAGAAAACAACAAACUUAAAGAGUUUCUGAAUUCAUCAUAUGUUAAAUCGCUGCAAGAAAAAUCAAAGAAGUUCCUGCCGAUUCAGAAUAGUGGCGUGAGGCAGAGGAAGAGGACUCUUACCAGAGAGGGACAUUUCCCAAAUCUUGGCCACUUGCUGGCACGUGCGGAUGGCAAACGAACAUGUCGAAACCUCUCCCUGGAAUUCUGCUCUGCUGAGGAAAUAGCAGCCACUCCGCCAGUAGACUCUUGGAUCCUGGAGACCCUAGGACUGAGAGACGUGGACACUAUUGAUCCAGACAGCAGCUAUAGCAGCCCCACAGGUGACCCGAGACCACUUUUUACCUCGCCGGUUUCAAAAACCAAUCUUGGAGACAGCUACAGUCCCACAGCCUUGGACAGCACAGCUAGCUACAGCCCGGAUGUCAAUUCAAUACGUGAACUCACCAGUAUCGUGGGCUCUUCUGGCAGCUUCAGCCAGAGUAUGGACACCUGCACCUCUUACAGCGCAUCAGCGAGCUCUAGUUCAGAGUUUUCAACUCUUGACCCAUCUGUCCUCUACACAGUCUCGUCCUCGGGGUCGUCGGUUAGCGCUCUCCAUAGCUCAAGCCCCCCAGAACACCUCACUCCUCCAAGGGCAUCCUCCACUCCCCAUCGUGCACAGGACUUUGGCUCAGAGCAGCACUACGAUACUCUGAGCCGUGUCUCCUCCAGCCCAGCAGGGGUCAGCAGUGAGUUAUUUUCCCCUCCACGUACCACGCGUAGCAGGACUGAUCUGGCCUUUAGCAUGUCCCUCAGCCCUCAAAACAGUGUAAAAACACACAGUUUCCCACAGGGACAAGCUUUCAUACGCAAAGAUGCACAAGGUGGAUGGAACUUCACCUGGGUGCCCAAACAAUGCUCCUAG